UAGAGUUGAAAGGUUGAUUUUACAACGGGAUCCCGAUUUGACUAGCUUAUCAGAAGAUAGUACAAGCAGUCCAAAGAGUGGAGAUAGCUCUGAAGAAGAAUUAGUGAAAGCUAACAAGAUACCCAGAAAAUCUCCUGAUCUACAAGAAUCGUUCUCGUCAUCUGAAGAAAACGUCAUUCCCAAAGUGCUUAUAAAGAAAAUGAAAAAGUCUGAGUUAUACAAAAGCUUUCUGAAGUUGCCUGAUGCUAAUCUUCCCAUUGUAAGCUUACAUCGCACGAAUUUAUUAGACGAACUUGCCUUGCGCAAGUGUAAGACUGUCGAUUUGAAAACUAACAGUAUCGAUCGACUUUUCGAUUGUAGAUUUUACUCGUGGAAACAGGCUCGCAGAAAACAGAAAUUUUCUCCUACAGAAUCUGAAAUAGUACAUUGCGAUAGUCUCCCAGUAGAAAAUCCAGUAGACAAAGAUCAUUGUGAUAGUCGUCCAGUAGAAAAUUCAGUAGACAAAGAUCAUUUCGAUAGUCUCCCAAUAGAAAAUCCAGUAGACAAAGAUCAUUGUGAUAGUCUGCCAGUAGAAAAUCCAAUAGACAAACAGCAUUGCGAUGAAAACCUUGUAGACAAAGACAAUUGUUGCUCUAGUUCACCUGUAUCGCCGAAUGAUAGGUUAUGUAGUGCCGACAAUGAUGAUGUUGAUGACAGUAACUCUGUUAAAUCGAGUGCUUCGAGUGUCAUCUCUCACCAAUCAGCUGACAGGACUCGUUCCCAAGUGAAUUGUGUUGUUGAUAGUGAAAUAAACUCCAGUAAAAAUAAUGUAGUAGAUACGAACAGUGUUCACUCAGACCAUAGUGACAAUGAUGAGCGGAGCGGUCGUUAUUCCGACUGUGAAAGCCUUGGUGGGAGUGAGAGAGGGCAAAAGCGGCCGUUGGAAGACAGAGAUAGAGCGCAGUCAUCGGAAAGAGAGGUCAAGAGGUCGCCCAAGUCCAUUUCUGAUCACCUGUUCCAUUGUCAGAGAUGUCUGCUCAUAUUCAACAACAAGGAAGAGGUGAUGGCACACCAGGCGUCGCGACACCCGUCGCAUCGUGAGCUGCACCACUGCAUGCUGUGCUGGCGUAGUUUCAGCACGGCGGAUGCGCGCCAGGCGCACGAACGCAGUGCAGGUCACCGCCGCCUGGAACUGGUGCAGCGCUGCACCAUUCACGCCAUGCACCGCCACUUCACCGGCCGCGCCCAUCCGCACCUAGCGCCGCUUACGCGCGCCCAGCUGCGUGCCAUCAACUGGCGGCCCAGUCAGCCCGGAUGCAUUCACUUCUACCAUCAUCCGUCACCGUUGCAGAUCGCCCUACAGGAUAAUCCUUGGACAUCGAGCAGCAGACUUAGUGACGAGGAAAUUGCAUCACCAUCAUCAUCCCCUCCAUUAUCUCCAUCACCUCUUGGCUCACCAUCACCACUUGGGUCCCCACCUCCUCCUGUCUCUCCUACUCCAUCAACUUCUUCAUCAUCGUCGUCGUCGUCAUCAUCAUCCUCAUCAUCAUCUUGCCAUUCAUCGCCUCCUUGUUCGCCCGUCUCCUGUCGCUCCGAGCCCAGGUCGACGAGUUUGCCACCUGACAACAUCACUACUUAGUCGUCAUUCUUAAGUAAGGUUCACAUUGGACAAGUUUACUUGAAUUCAAGUUUGUUUUUAUGUUUGAGUUGAAAACUUGAAGUCAAAUAUUGAAUUCAAGUUUUCAUAACCUCAAAAGUAUAUAAUUAUAAUAAGAAAGAGUAGGGUUGUGUUUGUUCGCAUCAAAACAUGUCAACUUGUGGAUUGCAUACCAGAGAAACGGGAAUGAUAUAGAUCUCCAAA